AAUUCUAGCUAGUGUGCAGUGUCUAGUGAAGGUAAGGUUGCUUCUCUUUCGGCAACCAUAUAGGUUUGUUGCGUUUGGCAGGUGGGCAUGCAUUUGACGUUUGCAGCUCGGCGUAAUCGCACCUACUAACUAUCUCGGGGAAACUACUAACCAAAAAAAAGUUACCUGGACCUGAGAGCUGCUCAUAUUAAGGCAUUCCAAAAACUUGCUGUGUACAACAAACAUUCUGGUGUGAUGUUGACCAAAAAUCUUCUCUGCAUUCGUCGGUGACAUUUCAUUUUGUACGGGGGAUUCUAACACUGCACAAUCAAUCUGUGGUUUUCCCCUUCGGCCAAGAAAGAAGAUUGAUUAGAUUGAUUCUAGACAUCUGCCGCCAUCGUUCCUCUCUCUUGCCACUGCCGUGCGUGUGUGUGUGUGUGUGUGUGUAACUUCAUUAAACGAGAAGGCGGAGUCCAUAUCGAACGUUUGUUGCUUGCCAGACAUCGGCCGGAAUCAUGUUCAGUCUACGGCGGAACCGGGCCUUCCUGGUGAAAAUUUUGCUGCUGACGCCGCUGACUUGGCUCUGCGUCGUCCUCUACAUGAACAGUUCCACCAAAAUCAUUCAGCAACAGCAACAGGGCCACCAAGAGCAAAUUGUCUACGUCAACGAAAACAAGGCGGAAGAUAACCUGAUCCCGCAAGAGCAGGUGGAAAUCAAAGGACCCCCGCUCAAGGAUAAUCUGCUCAGAAAGAAGAAGCCGACGCCCUCGGGUGGAGACCGAGGAGGAGCCGGCAUCUCUGGCGACCAAAUGGCCGGCCAAGGCGUCCUGGUGGCCCCGCACGAGCCCGACGGCCCCGGUGAAAUGGGGAAGGCCGUCGUCCUGCCCAAGGACCUGACUCCCGAACAAAAGAAGCUGGUCGACGAAGGCUGGCAGAAGAACGCGUUUAAUCAAUACGUCAGCGACAUGAUCAGCGUUCACCGGACACUACCCGACCCCCGGGACGACAGGUGUAAAGAGCCCGAUCGAUACUUGACGACGCUGCCGGCCACGGACGUUAUCGUCUGCUUCCACAACGAAGCUUGGUCAGUCCUCCUGCGUACUGUACACUCCAUUUUGGAUCGAUCGCCGGCCCACCUUAUCAAGGAAAUCAUCCUCGUCGACGACUUUUCCGAUAUGGAGCACGUCAAGGCCCCAUUGGAGAACUACAUGGCGCAGUACCCAAAGGUGAAGAUAGUGCGGCUACCCAAGCGCGAAGGAUUGAUCCGGGCGCGGCUCUUGGGCUUGGAACGCGCCACCGCUCCCGUCGUCACCUACCUCGACUCUCACUGCGAGUGCACCGAAGGGUGGCUGGAGCCUCUUCUGGACCGGAUAGCCCGUAAUUCGACCACAGUUGUAUGCCCCGUGAUCGACGUCAUUGACGAGGAUUCCUUGGCGAUUCAUUUCGAUAAAAAAUCUGUCCAAGUCGGAGGAUUCGACUGGGGAUUGCAGUUUAAUUGGCAUGCCAUCCCUGAACAUGAAAAAAAACGACGCCAACACUCGGCCGAUCCUGCCUACAGCCCAACCAUGGCCGGAGGGUUAUUUUCCAUCGACAGGGCCUUUUUCCAGAAGUUGGGCACGUACGACGACGGAUUUGACAUUUGGGGAGGCGAAAAUUUGGAACUCUCUUUCAAGACGUGGAUGUGCGGUGGGACGUUGGAAAUCAUUCCGUGUAGCCACGUAGGCCACAUCUUCCGCAAACGAUCGCCUUACAAAUGGCGCAGCGGAGUUAAUGUCCUUAAACGUAACAACGUUCGAUUGGCCGAGGUCUGGCUGGACGAAUAUUCCGAGUACUACUACCAACGUAUAGGUCACGACCGGGGAGAUUAUGGAGACGUCUCGUCCAGAAAAAGCCUACGCAAAAACCUUGGUUGCAAGUCUUUCAAAUGGUACCUAGACAACAUCUUCCCAGAGUUGUUCAUCCCUGGUGAUGCGGUCGCAUCCGGCGAGGUUCGAAAUUUAGGAUUUUCACCAGCCUAUUGUUUGGACGGUGCCGCUCGCAAAGCCAAUCUCCACAAGCCAGUUGGCUUAUGGCCUUGCCAUGGCCAGUCCGGAAACCAGUUUUGGCUGUACAGUAAAACGGGAGAGAUCCGCCGUGAUGAGGCUUGUUUAGAUUACGCUGGAUCAGACGUGAUUCUAUAUCCAUGCCAUGGUGCCAAAGGCAAUCAAUUCUGGGAGUACGAUCCCGAGACCAAUUUUGUCCAGCACGGAAGCAGCAAAAAUUGCUUGGCAAUCAGCGAGGACAAGAAGAAAAUCACGGUGGAGAAGUGCUCCCAGGACAACCCUAGAGCCAAAUGGAAAUUCGAGAAAUAUGAAGCAUCGAAGAAGCUAUAAAUAUCAACAGACUCCUUGGUCGUCAACCCGGCCGGCUCAAAUUGGCAAGCUCAAGAUCUGUUUUGCCCAGUUUUAGAUGCUGCGUUGGCGUUUAUUUAAACCUCAACAUGAAGUCAAAAAUUAAUGUAACUAUGUAGGAAAUAUUUCGUGUGUACGGUGAAACGUGGUGUUAAAGGCUUGUAGAUGAAACAGUUCUUGAUAACCACAAUGUCCUCCUAUGCUUUCCAUAACUUAUCCAUAUCGACAGCAACACAUUCCGGAUUCAAGGUUUAUUCUAUAGUUAUUCCCUCUCAUUUUCUCUGGUGCGUUACGGUGAACUUUCUAAAAAAUUCGGCUACAAAAUUUAUUUCCAUUUUUAAUCCGCUUUGGUUAGAUUUAUAGUUUGUUCUCCUCUUUAAACGCUCAAAAUCAAGUCUGCUCUAUUCACACAUUUGUUUUGUUUUGUUUGGUUGAUUUUGAUUAUGAUGAUCGAGUAUAUUCUAUUUAAGCAAAUUCAAGCACAAUCCAUUUUACAUCGUACUUGACAUUGCAGGCGUACAGGUGUUGAUGGUUUGUGUUCUGCCUCCUAUUCUCCCAAUUUAAUUCGAUUUGAGAAGGAUUUCCUUCAUUCAAAGAAAAGUAGCGACAAUGUCAGACAAGUUAAAUUUCAAAGAUAACGGGUCUGUGUACACCUUUUCCAACUUCCAACAGUAAAACAAGAUUUAGAGCAUCAAGCCUUCAAUUGACUUACGGAAUGUAAAGCUUGGAGUAAAGCAUGCAUUGUAUAGAUGGUCGAUAGACUUGGUUCUUUUCCUUUCUUUCUUUUUUUGUUAUGUGAUUGUCGUUUUACGUUGAAAAUUUGUUUACAUCUAAUCUAAAACAUUUCACAUGAUUGAAAAUAUGUCCCGAUUCUAAGGGAUAGUCUACAUUUAUAUUUCUAUACAGUGCCUUAAAGAAAAUGCGUGCAUAAAGAAUUUGGAUUUUUUUCAGUUCGUGUGUCUGUGUAAGUGGAAUACAUCAGUUGAGAAAAAGGA